AUUGACAUCCAGCAGCUUCUCAUAGAAGCCACCACUGCAGCCCCUUGCUACCAAAACCUUGCUACACAAACCCAGUACAAUGGCUACUUUUCAGUGCAUUCUGUAUUUCCUACCUGUGCAUAUCUUGUUUUAAUUAAUUAAGUGUUAAUUUUUAUCAGAUUGACCAUAAUGACUCCCCAAAAUAAAACUUUUAUUUGUCAUGUUCAUAUGCUUUUAUGUACUUUAAAGAUGUCAGUUGCCUGUACCUUCUCUUAAAUGUAUCUGCAGGCUCACAGGUGUUGCAGAUUUCACAGGUAUUCUGUUAGAAUCCGUGUUUUUCUUACAUCAUAAAUAAACUUAAAAUAGUUAAGGUAUUCAGUGUUCAUUUAAUUUAUGAAAUAUUUUUUUUUCUUGCUGAAUAGUCUUUUAAUGUAGCUAAUGUUUUAAUGUAUAUUUUAAUGUAGCUAAUGAAUUUCAUGGUAUUCUUCAGUGUUUUCAGAGUUCUGUAAGCUAUGUGGUAAUUCACUGUGCUCUUGCAUACUUAGAAUUCAUUAAGGUUGGAAAAGACCUCUGAGAUCAUUGAGUCCAUCUCUUACCCUAGCACUACCAUGUUACUACUAAACCAUAUCCCUAAGUGCCGCAUCCACAUCUUUUAAAUACCUUCAGGGAUGGUGACUCCACCACUUUCUUGGACAGCCCGUUCCAAUGCCUGAUAAUGCUUUUAGUAGAAAUAUUCAGUAAUGUUUUAGUCACAGGGAUUUCUCUCUUUUUUUGGUGGAAGUUAUGAAAGUCGAGACUUAACGUACUUUAUGAAUGGGUACUCUGGUAGGCAAGUGUAGGGUAAAUUAUCUUUUUGCUCUUGGCAGGAUUUGCUUUACUUAACUGUAGUAAUUUAAAAAUGGUUAUAAUUUACUCAACAUUAAACUGGCAUAAGCUGUUAGUUUUGCCUGAAAGGCGAUUUUGUUCACUGCUGACUGCUUGCUCUUGCUAGGUGGUGUUACUUAGCUCGAAAUUUAUGUGAGUUUAAAAGGUUCAUGAAAUUGCAUCUUUCAAAGCAUGGAGCCUGAAUCCUUUAUUUUGGUUCUUUCUCCAUUGAAUGGAGAUAUCUUCUGUGGUACCUGUCUUACCUAUUCAUUUUAGGAUGGGAUGACUCUGGGGUGUGCUGUUGCUUACCACUGAUAAGCAUAGACUAAAUGCUUAGUUUUGCAAUAGCUAACAGUAGGUAAGAUAAAUCUCUAUCUUUUGUAACAAUAGGUGACUUUUCGGUUUUGCUUUUUGUUGUAUUAGCUUGCAAAAGGAUCUAAACCAUUGACAUUUUCAUGAUAAAAAGUUGGUUUUCUUAAUGAAAACCUGUGGUGUUUGGCCAUAAUAAUAAUGAUAAUAAUGAGAUGGUGUACCACUUUAAAGAGAGAGCAUAUCCUGUGCAAACUUGUCCUGUAUGUAUCUGCUUAAAUCAGCAUUAUGGUUAGGAACACAUGUAAACCUCCUGGCAUGAGAAGUUUUACGUCUGAACUCUAAGUUUGUUUCUAAUGCUAAUGUAGUGUUAACUCUGUUGUACAGGCAUGGAAGUAAUGAAGCCUUUAAUUGAUGAAGAAGACUCAGAUGGCAUCUCAGAAGAAGAGCAUGAAAAUAAUUUCCUGCCAGUUAAAACACAUUACCAGCUUGGUAAUGAAGAAGGCAUUACGUUUAUACAAACACUUACUCACCUCCUCAAGGGAAACAUUGGAACUGGGCUUCUUGGUCUUCCACUUGCAAUAAAAAAUGCUGGUAUUGUGGUUGGACCAAUCAGCCUUGUGUUCAUAGGAGUUAUAUCGGUUCACUGUAUGCACAUCUUGGUACGUUGCAGCCACUCUCUGUGUCAGAGGAUGAAAAAGUCCUCACUGGGGUAUAGUGAUACAGUUAGUUAUGCCAUGGAAUUGGGGCCCCUUGCUGCUCUUCAGAAACGAGCUUCUUGGGGCAGGUGUAUUGUGGACUUUUUCUUAGUGAUAACACAGCUGGGAUUUUGUGGUGUUUAUGUUGUGUUCUUGGCAGAAAAUGUGAAACAAGUCCAUGAAGGAUUCUUGGAAGCUAAGAUUGCUCCCAUGAAUGUUAGUGCCACGAAUGUUAGUUCGUCUGAGAAGAGGAAUAUUGAUUUACGAAUAUACAUGCUGUGUUUCCUGCCAUUCCUGGUCCUCCUGGUCUUUAUUCGUGACCUUAAGAGCCUGUCCUUGCUUUCAUUGCUUGCCAAUCUGUCCAUGGCUGUCAGCCUGGUGAUCAUUUACCAGUAUAUUGUUAGAGAUAUAGUAGAUCCUCGAAAACUACCUCCAGUGGUCGGCUGGAAGAAAUACCCACUGUUUUUUGGGACUGCAGUAUUUGCUUUUGAAGGAAUCGGUGUGGUACUACCAUUGGAAAACAGAAUGAAGGACACAACACGUUUCCCACAGGCAUUGAACAUUGGGAUGGGAAUAGUCAUGACCUUGUAUAUCUCACUAGCCACUCUGGGAUAUCUGCGGUUUGGGGAUCAAGUCAAAGGCAGCAUAACUUUAAACCUGCCACAAGAUAAAUGGUUAUAUCAGUCGGUAAAAAUGCUGUACUCCUUUGGGAUUUUUGUGACCUAUUCGAUUCAAUUCUAUGUCCCUGCGGAGAUUCUCAUUCCAGUUGUCACUUCCAGAGUGAAGCAGAAGUGGAAGUUACUCAGUGAGCUUGUGGUGAGAGCACUAUUAGUCUGCUCAACCUGUGCUGUAGCAGUUCUGAUCCCUCGCCUAGACCUGGUGAUUUCUUUCGUUGGAGCCGUCAGCAGCAGCACUCUGGGACUGAUUCUGCCACCUCUGGUUGAAAUCCUCACUUUCUACAAGGAAAACUUAAGUUUAUGGACGGUAUUUAAGGACGUUUUUAUAGCUGUUAUUGGAUUUGUUGGAUUUUUAACAGGGACAUAUGUGACGGUUGAAGAAAUCGUUUAUCCCGCAUCCGCAGUUCUAGCUAACGCAACAGAGAGCUUCCCUGCAGAUUUAAAUGCUACAAACUUGGUGGUUGGUUUAAAGUAAUAACGAGGAGCUGUGAACUGUUUCGUUCCUUAACAAGAAAUUCUUGACUCAGGACCUGCUUUCAACUACUGGUACUGUGUAGAGAGGUAGUUCGUUAGAGAUGUAGGGUAUACAUGUGAAAAUACGUUAUUUUUUUAGAAAAUAAUGAUAUAUCCCUUCUGGACUCUGGAUGAAACGUUACAGGAUGUUGUUUAUCAGAGCAAUAUUAGUUUCAUGAUGCAAAAACAUUCAACACCACAGAUGAUAAACAGUUUAUUUUUGUACAUUUUUUGGUAACUGUUAUCCUGACCCAUUUUUUACACCAUUUCUUUAUCCUUGAUUUCAACUAUACAAAUGUAUAAAAUAUUAUAUUUUUUGUUACCUAUUGCUAGAAGUCUGUAGACUGCAUAUCUUUAUUUCUGUUGGAACAUAUAAUAAUUGGCUUUGGAUUCUUUUGUUCUGCCUUAAAUAGUAUCUAACAUGCCCUUUAUAUAUUUUUGCUUCUUUUGUCUAUUUUAGAAGAAAAAAAGAACAAGUUGAUAAGUUGGUAAAUGGGCAGAAAUGGGUUUUGUUAGCAAGCCUGUGUGCUGAGUCCCCAGCUGCAAUCCGGAUUUUCAGAGUUCAUACUUGACUUUCUGUCUCACACUUCAUAGAUGACUUUCCCUCCAAAUGUUGAAGCUCUAUUUUUGGUCUUGUUUUCUAAAACCCCCCUGUAUUUUGUACAAUAAUAGAACUAUUUAUCAUACUCAUUCCCGUUCUGAAGAAACUUGUUUUUAAUUAUAACAUUCCUCCAAGAAAUAUGGUAUGCCAAAACCUCUCCAAUGUAGUCAUACAAAUUAAGAUAGAAAUAUAUGUAAUAUUUUGCUUGCCUUCAGUAUAUUCCUCAGAAAUCUACCAUUUGGUAAUCUACCAUUUGGCAUUACAGUGCUAGAGUAAUAUACUACUAAAUAUAUCUAUAUUUAUGUUUUCUUUUCAGAAUAUUUCCCUUGUCAUCUACCAUCUGGUGACUGUAAUGAGCACUUUCAUCUCCGUGUUGAUGAGGGCAUUUCUGAUAGGGAUUCGUUAUAGCAUGUAGUUUAAACUGCAUGUAUUUGUUCAAGCAAUAGUUUUGAGUAAUGCUCUAAUUUUCAUUUUAGCAUGGACAAAGUAAAAUACUUGGCAGGCACUUUAAAAGGAGGAGUCUCUGCAGGUGCUUUCUUGUGAAAGUGCCACAGAGGAGCAAAUACAGGUAGUUAGCAGACACAAAAGGUAAUUUCAGCUUUUCAUCUUAAAGGGUGUUUAGUCUUUAAGCUGUUUUAAAAGACUUGGAAUCUAAGUAUUUCCAUCUGUUUCAUAAUGAAUCUGUUGUUUACCGAAACUAUACACUACACACCGAUAAGAAUAUAUUUCUGUGCAGCAUAUUUUACUUGACAUUAAAUACUUGUACAUGGAACAUUUUUAGUAGACUGAGAGGAUUUAAACACAAGUUAUUUUUCCUGCGAGUUUUUCAUCUUUCUCCGUGUGUGUUUGGAGAAUAAAGGACUUUCAAAUCCAUUCACACUGUUUGUUCUGCAUCAAUUGUGUUGUAGUGAGCAGCUCUGAGAAAGUGCUUCUACCAGGGUGCAGAAAGACUUGAGCAGUUCAGAGUUGGGUGGUUAAUUUGGCAGGUGCCAGUGAAUACUGCCAUGGUACUAUCGAUGAAGAUUUGCUGACCUGGGUACCUGCAACUUAAAGAGGUGGCCUUGGUGCCCAGUGAAGGUACCAUAUCUUUUUGAAAGGCUGUAACUUGUUUAGAAGCUUGAUAGGUUUGAGGGGUCUAAACUUAGCCAUCAGACUUUGGAUAACCUGGCCCAAAUACAAAACCAUACACAUCUUACUGCCAUGUCUGACAGCAGUGCAACCUGUCAGGGCGCAGAUUUUCAGACAAGUGUGUUGCCACUGACUGACCAGGUAUGAAGUAGUGUGUUUAUGCAGUGGGCCAGUGUUGCCACGUCUAACAAUGUUGUCUCAUUUGAAUCCUGAAAAUGUUUAUUAAGAUAUUUUGCACAAUGUAAAUUUUCUCCUACAGUGUAGGAUUUUUGUUAUUUUAACACUCAUACAAUGCAUUUGCAUGGCCUGCUCUUUCGAAUAGAAAGAAUCAGGCAUCAGAGUAUCUUAGUUUGGAUAAGAUUAAAAUGUCACGUUGUAAAAAACUAAGUCUGACUAAUGAGAGUGUCCUGUGAAGCAUUGCCAAAGAUUUAAAAGAUAGGAAAUUCUGACAGAAACACCUCUUCUGAAUAGGAAUGUUGAUUCAGCUUUUAUAGUACUGUAGUAAUAGCUGUAAGUUAAGAGGCAGGGAGUGAAACUGAGAGAUUUCAUAGGUAUGGUUUACAUUAAUAUAUAUUUAAGAUGGAAAUGUACUUUAGCACAAGCUGAAUUAAACUGAAAAAUGUAUGUGGUUGGCUUAUGUUCCUGACAAGGAACAGAAAGCUAUUGUAUUUAUAUACUGUACAUGAACUUAUAUUUUACAAUAUCAUAUUGUUAUUACAGUUUUAAUGUAAUUUAAUAAUUAGCUGCACUACAAGUAACUGGAUCAUUUUCUUGUCUGUAACUGUUCAUCCUCAAGUACUGGGCAAGUAAGAGGGUGGGUUUGCCUAAUGUUCUGUAAAACUUAAAUCUUCUAUAUCAAUAAAGACUACAAAUUACCGUGCAAACUCACUGUUAUCCUGGCUGUCACCAGUACUGUGUCACUAGAAGAAGUAGGUGUCCUAAUGCAGAAUUUGCCUUUGAAAUUAUCCAAGGAAUGGCAAGUGAGUGACUUGAGACUGUCAGACAAGCUCUAGAGCUGACUUUUCAUUGAUAAUAAAUCUCAUCUCAAAGUCACAUAAGCAUUCCUGAAAAAUCCCACCUCUGCUCCAAGGUUUUUCAUUAGAGCACAGUUAAAGUUAGGCUUCUGCCUAACUUUAUCUUUUUAGAGGUGCUUUAGAAAAUAAGUAAGUUAACAUUGUAAAAUUUACAAUCUACAAUUUACAUUGUAAAAUGUAAAAAGGGAUGCAGGUGUCCCCACUGAAAUUCCUGUUCCUAUUUGGAAAACCACAAAGAAAUAUGAAUCCUUUUUUUUUUUAAAUUGGACAAGCCCUCACAUAUUUGCUUUGGACUUGGCCUUAUCUGUAAGUAUGGAGUGCUGUGUCAACAUGUUGUGGGAAAGUGUUACUUGAAAAACUAUCAACUGGAAGUGAGGAAUGAGAUUAGUUGAUGAAAACCUUGAAGGAUUCCACUCAGUUCAUUUUAGGUAGAGUAGGAGGUAAGAAAGUGGAAAAGUGAUUAUUUUAUUCAUUUUAUAUUAAAAUGUUUCCAGGUGAUCUGGAGAAGCAGUAAAUAUCACUACCAUUCUAUAAUUGCUGGAAUGUAUUAUAAGCCUUGUCAGACCUCCCAUUCUUCUGCUUUAAUUUAUUCUGUUCUGUAUGGAAUAAUCGGUAUUUCGGCUCCUUGUGGGUUUCUCAAGUGUCAAAGUAUCCUCUGGUAGAAAACUAAGCAAUGUAGCUAACAUCUGUCAAAGUUCAUUUUUCACAUGCUGUCCACAGGAGAAACCACAGCAAAAUUUUGGUGGAGUUUCAGGAAAGGAGAAUAACCUUCUCCAUGGUUUUGUGUGUUAUCUACAGGUCUUAUACAGAUGUCUUGGUUAUCCUGGACCAUCUUAACAUGGCAUGAGAAGUCUGAAUCUUGCCCAAAGUUAGCUGAGUUACCCUCCAGACUCCAUGGUAUUGAUUAGUCUUAUAGGUCUGCGAGCUGACUACACCCCUGGACAUAUGUACUGAGACCAGUUUAAAUAUUAGUUUAUAAUCACUAGUAGCUCAGUGGUUUCAUCUUCAAGUUCUCCUAGAACACUUGGAUGAGUAGCAUCUGGUAGUGGUAAUUUUCUUACUCUUAUUUAAUUUGGUUUUCCUAAAAUGCUUUUAUUAACAAUUAAGAAUUGAUGUCAAUUUACAAUUCCAUAGAUGUCACUCCUUGCAGAUAAUAGCUGGGGUGAAAGUAACAUCUAAACAGACCUUCAGUCUGACUUCAGGAGAAGUUUCAGUGCAUGCAAAAGGAGAUGUCUCUCAAAUUACAGAAGAAGAAUCUGCAAGGUUAAAUGGCAAAGUGCUCAUCUCCAGAGACACAAAGGAGCACAGAGGCAUAAUCAUGAGUGGAUGAACUCCACUUUAGAUAUGUUUACCUUGGUUUACAUUCUUACAAGUAAGACCUUAUUAAGGGUUUAUCUCAAAGGAAUGAAUUUCACAGGUUGCACCAAGUGAUUGAGGAGCCCAUCCUGUAGAACAGCAAGGAAAGGGAAGAGGGGCCAGUGGUGUGGCUGAAGGCCAGUCUCCUUCAACACAAAAGGAAUGGGGGAAUCCCAAUAACCUCAACAGAGAAGUGGAGCCUGUGACCUGGCUGCUCCCAGGGUUUUCACAGGACAGAAAUCAGCCCGUGGUCCAGGUGAGAAAACCAUCAAAUGGGUUGACUGGGGAGACUCUCAGGAUCACCUCAUGAACUAAGAGCAGUACUGCUUACAGGGGAUGGGCACACCCUGUGGGACAUAUGGGAAGUGUAUUUUGGGUUUGUACAGGACUUGCAAUAAACAUUUUGGAUAGAAAUCAAAGGUCAAAAAAGACAGAAAUCAAAGUGUAUUGGGGAAAACAUAAUUUAUGAUUCUAUGAAUGUAGAGACAAAAGGGGCCAGUCAACCACAUGUGAGCAGGAGAUGGUCAGUGCAGGUGUCUGUCUGUCCAUACCUCAUGCCUGAACAAUAUAGUCUCUCCUAUCUUCUCACUGAACUCCAUUUAUAGCUGUUUUCUUUGGUGUCAGCAACUGGAGACCAUGUCUAAAACCAGAAGCUGAAGAGGUCCUUAUUGUGUUUCUUUAUUUAUAUAUGUGUAUGCUUACAUAUAUGUUUGUGUAUUUUUCCUACUAACAGCCUUUCAUCCUCAUCAGCCAGAGAGGGGAACAGGAUCAGACCGUUGGUGCUGCUUGGGAGUGUGAGACCACUGUGUUUUCUGUGUGUGUUGAUCUUUGCUGCCAGAUGUGUGUAUGUCUGGGGUGUGUGUGUAUACACAUGUGCUUUUUGAGAAUUUGUGCUCAGCCACACUAUGGGCUGAAUGUGGAGCUGUGGCAGCCUCACCUGCUCUUUGCUACGGGCUUUGGUAGCUCCUAACAGGCCCCACACAUAUUCCCUGAGAAAACUAGAUUCUCUGGAACUCAAUAUCAUUGCGUCAUACUGCUGAGCUUUGGCCUUUCUCUCAUUUUGCAGUAGAAGAUACACGUGUCCCCCAGCAUGCCUUUUCUUUAGAAAAUAGCUUCUUUAGUUUUUUUUAAACAUCUCAGUGAUUUCUUUAAAUUUGAGGAUGUGGAAUUUUGUGAAGUGCUUUUCAUGCCUUCUCCGGAUAAUCUAUUUGACUUUGAAUGAGGCGAACUCAAACUACUGAAGCCGGUGAAGUCCUUUCAGUUCUGUUGUAACUUAUGCACAUAGUUUUAUUUUGGGAGUAGUCCCAUAUGUAUCUUAGAUACUUAGGGAGAAUUGAUUGUUCUGUGUUUUAGUUUUCAGCAACUUUCCAAAAUUGAAAUAAAUCAUAUCUUUAAUGUAUCCAGUCUUCUAAAUGUUGAAAUAAAAAUGCCAUUGGAAAGUUCA